AUCAUUCAUUCAAUCGGUAGAAACUCAGCCUCGCGCCACCAAUUCCUCCGCCGCCGCCGCCAGUUUCAUUCUCAGAGCUCACACACAAGCAGCAGCUAGGUACUAAUCGCAGCCUCGAUCAUCGAAAAUCCAAAUCAAUUCACAGAAUUAAUUAUUCAAAAAAAAAAAAAAAAAAUUCAAUCCGGAUCGGUCGAUUUUCCCGCCAACACUCAUUCCGCGAUGCCAUCGCUGCGACGGAGGCGCGCCGCGGCGCAGGAGUCGGUCCGGGAUCCUGAUCCGGACGAGAGGAAGCCGGAGCUCCGGAGACCGAGGAGGCAGCGGAAAUGGUCGUGCCUGGACAAUUGCUGCUGGUUCAUCGGGUGCGUCUGCGUGGCGUGGUGGGCGCUGCUGUUCCUGUUCAACAUGAUGCCUUCCUCGUUCCCGCAGUACGUCACGGAGGCGAUCACGGGGCCAAUGCCCGACCCGCCCGGGGUGAAUCUGAAGAAGGAGGGGCUGCAGGCGAAGCAUCCCGUGGUGUUCGUGCCGGGAAUCGUCACGGGAGGGCUGGAGCUGUGGGAGGGGCACAGCUGUGCUGAAGAUUUGUUCAGGAAGAGGCUGUGGGGAGGCACUUUUGGUGAUGUUUACAAGAGGCCACUAUGUUGGGCGGAGCAUAUGUCAUUGGAUAAUGAAACUGGCUUGGAUCCUCCUGGUGUGAGAGUCAGGCCUGUCACUGGCCUUGUCGCGGCAGAUUACUUUGCUCCAGGGUAUUUUGUUUGGGCAGUUCUAAUAGCUAAUCUUGCUCAGAUUGGGUAUGAAGAGAAAGCCAUGUACAUGGCUGCAUAUGAUUGGAGGCUUUCAUUCCAGAACACAGAAGUGCGUGAUGGAGCACUGAGCAGAAUAAAAAGUAAUAUAGAACUGAUGGUUGCUACAAGUGGACACAGGGCAGUAAUCAUUCCACAUUCCAUGGGUGUUCUAUACUUUCUCCAUUUUAUGAAAUGGGUGGAGGCACCUGCUCCAGUGGGUGGAGGAGGUGGACCAGACUGGUGUGCUAAACAUAUAAAGGCUGUGAUGAACAUUGGGGGGCCACUUUUAGGUGUUCCGAAAGCUGUUUCUGGGCUUUUCUCUGCAGAAGCAAGAGAUAUUGCUGUGGCCAGGACAAUUGCUCCUGGUGUCCUGGAUAAGGAUCUAUUCCGAAUCCAAACCUUGCAGCACGUAAUGAGGAUGACAAGGACAUGGGAUUCAACAAUGUCAAUGAUACCAAAAGGUGGAGACACCAUUUGGGGUGGACUUGACUGGUCACCUGAGCAGGGUUAUGCUGCUAGCAAAAGAAAGCAAGAUACCAGCCAACCUGAGAACUCAACCGGUACGGAAGAUGAAAAUAUUGAACCAAAAGUAAAACAUGCCCAUUAUGGAAGAAUAAUAUCCUUUGGGAAAGAUGUAGCUGAGGCAGAUUCUUCGGAUAUUCAGAGAGUUGAUUUUAGGGAUGCUGUAAAGGGCAACAAUUUUGCAAACGAUACUUGUCAAGAUGUGUGGACAGAGUAUCAUGACAUGGGUAUUAGUGGCAUCACAUCUGUUACUGAAUAUAAAGUUUAUACUGCUGGAGAUAUACUGGAUCUGCUAAACUACGUUGCCCCCAAAAUGAUGGAGCGUGGCGGUGCUCAUUUUUCUUAUGGUAUUGCUGAUAACUUGGACGACCCCAAGUAUUCGCACUACAAAUAUUGGUCAAAUCCAUUAGAAACAAGGUUACCAAAUGCCCCAGAGAUGGAGAUCUUUUCUAUGUAUGGAAUUGGCAUUCCUACUGAAAGAGCUUAUGUAUACAGACAGGUCGCGGCUACAGAUUGCUACAUUCCUUUUCAAAUUGAUACAUCUGCGGUUGAAGAAAAUAUAGAUAGAUGCAUAAAAGAUGGUGUUCUCACCGUUGAUGGGGACGAAACUGUCCCUGUAUUAAGUGCAGGCUACAUGAGCGCAAAAGGGUGGCGUGGAAAAACUAGAUUCAAUCCUUCAGGAAUGAAAACUUAUAUACGGGAGUGCGAUCAUGCUCCCCCGUCUAAUCUUCUUGAAGGCCGCGGCACGCAGAGUGGUGCUCAUGUUGACAUCAUGGGAAACUUUGCCUUGAUCGAGGACGUUAUGAGGGUUGCUGCCGGUGCUACGGGGGAGGAACUGGGAGGUGAUCGGGUGUACUCAGACAUCUUCAGCUGGUCCGAAAGGAUCCAACUACCUCUCUAAGUCAACCUGUAUGAUAGGCUUUCAAGGCUCCAUUCUGUAAAUUAUACAAAUUGUCUUCUUGAAGCAGGACGGUGCAUCACGAUUGAGGAUUCCAUUCUGCUACAUCAUACUCUUGACUCGAACAGUGGCACUGGUGCACGGUGGCUGAGGCAACGCACGAAGAGAGGCGUUUGCUUCAGCGUGAUCGAGCUUCUGAAGCGGGAAUGUGCCGGUUAAGGUGUUAUAUCUGACACCAGUGUGUACGUCUUUGGGGAUUAUGUGUUUCAUUUCAUUCAUUUGCUCUUUGAAGCUGGCAUUUGUAUUAUAUGAUCCUACUGUUGUUGUGUGGGAUCAAGAAACAGGGUAGAGAAAAAAGAAAAAAAUGUGUAUCUAUUCUUUGGUUUAGAUUUUCAUUCCAACUACUUUGCAGAAAUAUUCUCUUUCUUUCCA